AUGUUCCUGCUACGCCGCAUUUCCGAUCGUCAAGAAAUAGGAGGUGUGGGUAACUCAAUCGUCGUCUCCUAUCACGCAGUUGUCAUUCAGAUAGGGUCUCGCUGCACCGAUUUCACUGCUCAGGCACGGUGUCAUAUUUUGAAGAAAAUUAGUCGAGAACUACCAGUGAAAUGCCUUGAUUCGUCACAAUGGACCAUCCCCUCCAAUGUCGUAUUAGCUGAUCCGCAUUUCAACGAGCCUAGACCUAUUGAUAUCCUAAUUGGAAUGGAUAUGUAUUACGAUCUACUCUUGGAAGGCUUUACAAAGCUGGGAUACGAAAAGCCAGUCCUACAGAACACCGUUUUUGGCUGGGUUGCAUCAGGGAAAAUAGGAUCCAACCCACAAUCAACUCCCAAACUCGUUCAUGUAUCAACUACGCUAUCCCUUGACGAGCAGCUUUCUCGUUUUUGGGAGAUUGAGUCAUGCUGGACCAAUAGCACUCAUUCGUUGGAAGAAACGGGUUGUGAAGAACACUUUGCCAAUACUGCCUUUCGGGAUCAGUCAGGUCGGUUUGUAGUCACCCUUCCAAAACGUCCGUCGGUUAUAAGCAAACUGGGCAACUCAAAAGAGAUUGCCACUCGAAGAUUUCUAGGGUUAGAGCGUCGUCUAAUUUCGAAUCCAAAGCUAAGUGCAGCUUAUGCUUCUUUCAUAAAUGAAUACCAUCAGUUGAAUCAUAUGAGAGAAAUCAACGACACUUCCUCCGUUGAUCCGUUUUCGUACUACUUGCCACACCAUGGCGUUAAGAAGGUGGAUAGCAUCACAACAAAACUGCGGGUGGUAUUCGACGCAUGUCGAUCUGACAGCGGCAUAUCUCUGAAUCAGGCAUUGAUGGUGGGUCCUGUAAUCCAGGAUGAUUUGUUGGCAAUUAUUCUCCGUUUUCGAAUGCAUCGCUAUGUGAUUAUCGCCGACAUAGAGAAGAUGUUUCGCCAAAUUCGGAUACACCCCACGGACUACCCACUGCAACGAAUUCUAUGGCGCAGCACAUCUUCUGAACCUCUCCGCACAUUCGAAUUAGUGACAAUGACUUACGGCACGGCCUCUGCUCCAUAUCUAGCAACGAAGUGCGUACAGCAGCUGUCAAGAGAUGGGUCGAAGGAAUUUCCCCAUGCAUCACUAGUCCUGGAGAAGGAUUUUUAUAUGGAUGACAUGCUGACCGGUGUCGAUGAUGAGGAAGAGGGAGUGGAACUUUGUUGA